AUGGCAGACAAGGCAAGCAGAGGCUUAGUGAUAUACGGAGAUGGAUUGGCUUCUUUCAUCAAUCCUUCUCAUGCCCAUCUCCACUCUCUCGCUUCCAAAUCUUUCUGCGGCUUUUUAACCCUCCCGAAUGCUCCUCCUUCAGAAAGUGGGGAUGAGAGGAUAGUUAGAGAGUUUGCGUAUCUGUUAGAUGCGUGCGAAGCUUAUCAAAAUGUGAAGAAUACCUCAAUGCCAACCAUAUCAGAGAGGUUCAUGGGAAUGAAGGCUGCUAUAAUAACUAACAAUCCUGGUUUGAAAUCUUUUGGUGGCAAGCUUGGUUUGACUGUGCUUCCACGCAAUGAUUUUAAUGGGAAUGAAUUUUCCCUUUCUGGAUCAUCUACUGAUUGUGUGACCUCUGAGUUACUCAAGUUGCUUGGAUUUCAAGAGGGGAAGACGCUAGAGACAAGUCAAUUUGAUUUAGUAUUUGUGCACGUUGGAGCUGGUGAAAGGGUGAAUGGUGAGGGAGACAAGAAUAUUGCCAAUGAUGUGGAUUAUAUUAAUGCUUUAGUUGAUGGUAUCAUGCGCAUAGCACAACCUGGCUCGGAAAUUGGUUCCCGUCUGCACUUGUCCCUUGUAAUGAGCUAUGGUUGUGUUCCAGAAGGUGAUGGCAGAGAUUUGUCAGUUUUGAUCUCUAAAGAUGAGAUGGAUCCUACUCUUUCAAAGCUCUUCCCUUGUCAAAGUUACACUAUGAAAGGAGAAAAACCACGAAAUGACGUCAGGUAUCAUUGUCCAAUGUUAAUUGCUCAAUGGCAGUAUGCUGUAACCCGUGUGGAUAUGACACAGACAUUUUCUUUUAAAGAUUUUAAAGAGCAUGGAGGAAAUCUUGUAAUACCAGCUGAUAGAUUCCUGCAUGAGGUAGCAUUUAAGCUCUGGAAGGCUCCCAAGUAUGGGGCAUAA